AUGCAUUUUACGACCGCUGUCGUAUCUGUGCUCGCACUCCCCGCCUUCGUCGUCGCCCAAUACGGCGCACCGCCAGCUGGCAACUCGAACCCGACGACGACUAGUGCUGUUUCAUCAGCACCCUCAGCUCCUCCUAACACACCAGGCUUUAUGAAUGUCGACGUUGGUCCUGGUGAACAACUGGUAUACAACCCGGCUAACUUCAGCGCGCCGAACGGCACAAUUGUUACUUUCUAUUUCCCUAACGAUGGACUCUACACACACACGGUGACGCAGUCAUCAUUCAACGACCCAUGCACACCUCUUGCGGCGAACUCUACCGCCGGUACACCCGCUGGCUUUGACUCUUCCUUCCAGGCUGGCGUUCAGUUCUCAAUCAACAUCACAAACGACCAGAUUCCCAUCUGGUUCCACUGCAAGCUUCCCAUGCACUGCGGGUUGGGAAUGGUUGGUGCUAUUAACGCCCCGACAAACGGUUCCAACACAUACGCGGCCUUCCAGGCAAAAGCAAUGGCCAUUGGCCAAAGCGAGCCAGUCGAGAGCACAGGACCGAUCGUACUAGGCGGUUUUGCUGCGAGUGCAGCCGCCUCUCCUUCUAAUACUGCAUCUGCUGGAGGCUCGGGUUCUCCAUCCGGCGCUACUCGACUGUCCGUAACGUCCGCCGCUACUGCAUUAUUGGGUGCCGCGGCUGCAAUGAUUCUCUUCGCUUAAUGACCAGCACUCUUGUAUCUAUUUACAUUGCUUUAUUCAUCUGGACAUGAAGUAGACUCAUGCUACUUUCACCAAUGCACUGUGUAAUCUGGCUUGCUGGAUUACUAUG